AUGCCCUCUGUGCUUUCCUUUCUCAUUUUUCCCCGUUUUCUCACAACCUUUCUCUUUCUUUUUCCUCUUCCUUGCAACCUUUCUCUUUCUUUUUCCUCCUCCUUGCAACUUUUCUCUUUCUUUUUCCUCCUCCUUGCAACCUUUCUCUUUCUUUUUCCUCCUCCUUGCAACCUUUCUCUUUAUUUCUCUUCCCUCUUACAUCGUCUUUUCUUCUCCUUCUUCUUACACCCCUUCUGUUUGUUUCUCCUCUUCCUUAAAUCCUUUCCUCUUCGUCAUCCUUUUUAUGUGCUUUCUUUUUCUCCUCCUCCUUACACCCUUUGUCCUCCUCCUCAUACUUUUCUUUUUCUAUUCGUUUUCUCUUUCUUUUUUCUUUUCUUUCUUAUCUCUGUCUCUGUCUGCCUGUCUCUCUCUCUCUCUUUCUUCUUGCACCUUUUUUCAUUUUCUCUAUUUCUUUGUCCCGCUUUUAUUAUUUUCUUUCUUCUUUCUCCUUAA